GAAGGCCGUUCUUCCUUCCGAAGCUGACGGCCGAAGGGAGCCAACAGAGAAAGAGCGAAGCCGAGCGAACCAGCGGGGCCACCAGGCGCGCAUCUCGCCCAGUCUCCAGAUUUCUCCCUGCCGCGUCUCCUUCGCGGCUGCCUUUUAGGAAUGUGCUGAUUCUUCUCACCCCGAAGCGCGCAUGGAGCUCCCGGAGCCGCUGUGGGUGAACAGGAGCUGUGCCGGCGGCUCUCUGAUCACUUUGGCUUGCCUGAAUCAUCAUGCUGUUUGUCAAAUCAUUAAGAAUGUCAGUUCUCCAGUUUCACCCCAUACAAAUCUUAAUUUAAGCUCCAGCUGGAUGGUACAAGUUGAAGACAAAUAUGGCUUUUACAUUGGCUUGGGCUUGGCCAUCUUUUCAAGCUUUCUCAUUGGCACCAGUGUCAUCCUCAAGAAGAAAGGACUGCGUCGACUGGUGGAGAAAGGAGGCACCAGGGCUGGAGAUGGAGGUCAUGGCUAUCUAAGAGACUGGCUGUGGUGGGCUGGUUUGCUAACCAUGGGUGGAGGAGAGGCCGCCAACUUUGCCGCAUAUGCCUUUGCAGCUGCAACAAUUGUUACACCACUCGGGGCACUUAGUGUGCUUAUAAGUGCCAUUUUGUCCUCUUAUUUGCUUGGAGAACGGCUGAACUUGCUAGGCAAACUUGGCUGCAUGCUGAGCAUUGUGGGUAGUACCAUUCUUGUGAUACAUGCUCCAGAAGAAGAGGAAAUCACCACUUUGGGAGAAUUGCUUUCAAAACUGAAGGAACCAGGUUUUCUUGUUUAUGCCAGCAUCCUCUUGGUUAUCAGCUUAGUUCUGAUUUGUUUCCUAGCACCACGUUAUGGCCAGACCAAUAUUCUCAUCUACCUCUCCAUUUGUUCUGUGAUUGGGGCUUUCUCCGUCUCUUCUGUUAAAGGGCUGGGCAUUGCCAUCAAGAGUUUUUUCACUCACCUGCCUGUUCUACAAAACCCAUUGACCUGGAUUCUUGUCUUCACAUUAGUGGCUUCUAUUGCUACUCAGAUCAACUACCUCAAUAAAGCUUUGGACAUCUUCAAUACCUCUAUGGUGUUUCCCAUUUACUAUGUGCUUUUCACCACUGUUGUCAUCACAACUUCAGUUAUCCUCUUUAAAGAGUGGGUCACCAUGUCUGUAAAAGACAUUAUCGGGACGGUAUGUGGAUUUCUUACCAUUAUUUUAGGAGUCUUUUUACUCCAUGCUUUCAAAGAUAUGGAUGUCAGUUUGAAGAGUCUGCCACAAACGUUCCAGACUUCUAAUGAGCCGCCAGCAAUUAAGGAUGACAAGAACACUUUAAUAGAGCUGGAAAAUCCAGAUAUCAAGGAUCAGAACAAACCCAAAGUAUUCAUGAUCUUCAGUUGAAACCUAAUUUAAUAUUUCUAUUUCUUCGAGUAAUGGGGCCAAACAGCAUAAAAACAUGCAUGUAUCUGAAAGAAUUUAAGUGAAACAUCACCAUAUGUGCCUUUUGAAAACAGCAACCAACUUCAACGCAGCUUGCUACCUCCACAUUUCUGCAUCUCCCCUUUUUAUCCUUGGCAAUGGUACUAGAUUUUGCACACUCUAGAAUCAAUAGCAGUGGUGAUUGUAUUUGUGUCAAACAUGGGCAUAUUCCCUCUGCCUUUGGAAGAAAUGUUUUGCUGUCAACUGGCAUUGUUUCUUCCAGAUCUUUCUCACUCUUCCCCUAUCUUCACGAGAAAAAGUUAUAUUCAUUGAAGUGUGUGAAGAAUUUGAAGCUUCAAAAGAAAGCAUGCCUAUUUUUCCAGCUAGGAAUACCCAAGUCAUUUUUGAAAAUAUGGUAAAAUAGAUAGCUACGUUUCCCUCCGGAUUGUAAUGUUGCCCAAGACAUUCAGAAUUUCAGUCAUGUCCUUAUUCUUAAAUGGUGCAGUCUCAAAAAAUUGCCUCACAGCCUUUUUCUUGGAUAUUGGAUUUUAAUACAUUUUGGUGCUUUCCCUAUUUUAAUUAAUUUUACUGAUACUAUUAGAUGUUCAGAUGCAGCAGCAGUUAUCUUUCAUUUUCCAUAAAUAUGAAUUAUAAUUUAAUUGUGAUAAUGCUUUGUUCUUGUCCCCAUACAAAAUUAUAUUUUGUAGAUAUUUUGGAGGAAUGGGGUAAUUUCUAUAAUUUAGAACUCAGUUAUGAUCACAGAGAGUGUAAACUGGGAUCAAAACUGUCAAAAGUUAAUAAGAUUUAAUUAGUUAUAAGAAGUGAAUGAGUUAGAGGCCUAACUGCCUAUGAUAAUUAUCACUAGCCACCCAAUUUAUGCUAUUUUACUGGUUAAUGAAAGUCUUUUUAGCCUGGAUGACCAAGAUGUUCUAAUCUAAAGUGUUAUAAUUGUCUGUGCUUGUGAAGAUUCACAUGACUGGUUUGAGAUAAUUAUUUAUUUGUUGUAUCAAGUGCAAAAUUAACAAACUUAAUUUUGUUAAGUUUGAAGGUAUACUUCAUUAGAAAAAGCUUCUGGAUAAAUAUUUCAGGCUGUUUUGAGUCUUGUCUCUGUGCUUCUAAAUUAAUGAGCCUAUUCUGAUUAUUGUAAAGUCAGAAAAGUAGGCAAAACAAGGUCAUAUAUAGUUCCAAUAAAGGAGAAUAUUUGUAGCUCAGGGUUGAAAUGAAGGUUUCAUUACCCUAACUAGGUAACAUCAUCUGUGCUACUGAUGAUGUUACCUUGUUAGGGUAAUGAAACAUCUGCAAGAAAUCAAGCAAGCUCAGAAAGCCUGUCAUAUAUAGUUGUUUGUACUUUGCUAUUGGUCAACAGCAGAAUAUAGUUCUCAUUUAUAAAAGAAGACUAUUUUAUAAUGCAAUAGAUACAACUUCAGGGAUCACAAGAACACAUGUAACUUUUAAGAGGAAUACCAUCGAAAGAUUUAUUGGAGGAGUUCCAUCUAUGUAUAGUUCAUGGGAUGGUUGUAUGGAAGUGCUAAACCAAAUUGUUUCUCUGAACAAUUUUUUGUAAAAUUGUAUUGCACAAAGAUGCGUUGCAAUGGGUUUCCCUUCUGUUUCCUGGAUCCUGAAUUUGAAAGGGUGGCUUUGGGUCAGUUACUCUUUUAGCCCAACUCACCUCAGAUUGUUGUGCGCAAAAUAGGAGGAGGAAGGAAUGCAGGUAAUCCUCAACUUACAACCAUUUGCUUAGUGACCAGAGUUACAAUGGCACUGAAAAAAGUGAGCUAUGACCAUUUUUCACACUUACGACUGUUGCAGCAUUCCCCCAUGGUCAUGUGAUCAUCUUUGGCGAUCUUCUGAUAACCAAAGUCAAUAGGGAAGCCAGAUUGAUUUAACAACUGUUACUAACCUAAUAACUGCAAUGAUUCACUUAACAAUUGUGACAAGAAAGGUCGUAAAAUAGGGCAACUCGCUUAAAAAUUACCUUGCUCAGCAGUGGAAAUUUUGAGCUCAAUUGUGAUAAAUCAAGGACUUCCUGUAUUAGAUAUGUUCAUCGCCUUAAUUAAAAUAAUAAUAAUAAAAAUGGGAUAAAAAAAUCUGACCCCUCCCAAAUUUCCCCUAUUUGCAGCUUCACUUCAUAUAAGUAGUCAUUCUCUUUUAUACAUGUAUUUGCUACUUUAUUUCCAGUGCAAAAUGUUUCUUGGUUUUUGAACUUGUAGAUCGAUUGGUAGAUGGGUGAAUAGAUAGGUAAGUAGUUGGGCACUGUAAAAAAUAAAGUUUUCAAAAUUAAAACAUUGACUUGGGGAUGGUAUAUUUGAAGCUUUCUGGAUGGUUAGAUAUAAUGAUCUGGUACUAAGGGCUGUUGUGCUCUGCUGGCAUCAGAAAACAACUUUUUAUAUCUAUUCCUUAUGCUAAGCCAUAAUGUAGAUUUGUUUAGCAUGUAUAAACCCAGCCACUCUGCUUUGGCUUUCAUUAUAGUAAAGGUUUGUUUCACAGGUACUACAUUUUCCAAAACUACAAAAAAAUAAAACUGUGUCAAGCAAAUCUUGUAAAACUUUGGAGAUCUUUGUUGCUAAUGAAUGUAUUUUACAAUUAGAUAAUAGUAUAAUCGAGUUUUGCAAAUGGCUUUAUAAAUGACUGAAAUUU